AUGGGCCCCACUCUCCCCCCACAAAGGAAAGGUCGCCUCCCAGGAUACAAUAGGGAAAUGCUCCUAGAACUUCAAAAGCAAUUUGAUGAGCUUGAAUCUUGUGGAGUUUUUUCAAAGCCUGAGAAGGUUAGUGUCAGCGUCGAAUACCUGAAUCUCUACUUUGUCCAAAAGCCAAAUGGUGGGAAGCGUCUUGUAACAUCAUUUGGUGAAGUGGCCCGUUAUAGCAAACCUCAACCUUCACUGAUGCCGAACAUUGAGGACGUCUUACGAGACAUUGGGAAGUGGACUUACAUUAUCAAGUCUGACUUGUUAAAGGCUUUUUACCAAAUUCCUCUGUCACACCAGUCAGUGAAGUACUGUGGAGUUGUUACUCCCUUCAAGAGCAUGCGUGUGUAUACUUGGUGUGCCAUGGGCAUGCCCGGAUCCGAGACUUGCCUUGAGGAGUUGACGUGCCGUGUGUUGGGUCAUCUGAUUGAAGAAGGCCGUGUCAUCAAGCUAGCCGAUGACCUGUUUUGCGGAGGGGCUACUUCUGAUGAAGCUUUUUACAACUGGGAACAAGUGCUACACGCCCUAAAAGAGAAUAACCUCCAACUAACAUCUUCCAAGAUAGUUAUCUGCCCAAAGUCUACAACGAUCCUCGGUUGGAUUUGGUCCCAAGGAACCCUUUCUGCAAGUCAACAUCGGGUAACAGCACUAUCAUCAGUCACUCCUCCAUCAACUGUUCAGGGUUUGCAUUCUUUCAUUGGUGCCUUCAAAGUGCAGGCUGUGGCUGGAAAACAGUCCCAAGACAAGAUAAAAUGGUCUGAUAGCCUCACUCAAGCAUUCGUUAAGGCCCAGUCAACUCUUAAGGACUGCAGAACGAUUACCUUUCCUCGUCCAACAGACAGUCUUUGGAUAGUAACGGAUGCAUCUCUCAAAUUGGAUGGAUUAGCUGCGACAUUGUAUGCCAAACGACAAGACAAACUGCUCCUUUCAGGCUUCUUCAACGCAAAACUGAAAAAGAAUCAGAAAAAUUGGCUGCCAUGUGAAAUUGAGGCUUUGGCUAUUGGAGCAGCUGUGAAACACUUCUCUCCUGUCAUCUUCUAG